GUGAGAACUCAAGAGUGUGAGAGAGAGAGAGAGAGAGAGAGAGAGAGAGAGAGAGAGAGAUCUGGCUCUUGACAGUUUCAGUUCAGCUGCGCUCCACAGGCUGCACUCACUGAGUCUUCAUCACGAGAGAGAGAGAGAGAGAGUGAGAGUGAGAGAGAGAGAGAGAGAGAGGGGGGGAGAGAGAGAGCGCACGGAGUGCAGGGAUUCUCGCUCGGUUUCGGCACUGUGAAGCCUCAGCUCUGGUGCCUGUCGGUCUGAAGGGAGUGCAGGUCAUCCUGUCCCUCUCAGCCCUCAUCCCCACAAUGCCAGCGUGGGGGCCGGUGCGGAUCUUUCCGGAACAGGUCCCCAGGAGUCGCCCGCUUCGCGCUCGAGUUCACCGCCUCAACAUGGGCUGAGAUGUAACCGCGGAUACCCUCCCCUUCACUCCGCUCUCCUCUUUAAAAUGCAUUCGUAUGUUUGUUGUGAAUCGGUCUGAAGCAGAGGGAAAGUGCCCUUCGGCACUUUGGGGCGUGACCUGCGAUGCCGACUGCGUCUGCGGUUGGCUGUGAAGGAGGACUCCGCGAUUAAGAACUUUCUUCAAUCAGGUGGUUUUUCCCAUGUUUUAGUUCUUUGCCUCCAAUGAGCAGCAGACAAAGCUGGGCAACAGACUGGGCUCAGUGUUCUAUCACUAGCCCUUCAGGUGAAAUGGAAACCCUUUGUUCAGAUGUAGAACUGAGACCAAAGCCAUUGCUAAAUCCUUGAAAAAGGGUGGAUAGUCCUCCCUGAAGUCUGCAAGGAUGCUAUCCAGAAAUCACUUCAACGGUCAAGAUGGUGCAGGUAUCGUUCAGCACACGUCCACCAAGAACAAAUCCCUGGCUCUGACCAGGGCCCAGAGCCCCAAGGGGGCCAAAGGCAUCUGCAACAAGGUCCAGAAGUUUCUCCAGGGACCUGGGGACCAGUCCAUCCAGGAAACUAGUCUCUCCCGCCGAGAAAUCAGGAUGGAUGCUGGGAGAGAUAUGUCUGGGGAAGAGUUUCAUUCCCCUCAGGUCUUGAAUGGCCGGGGGUUCCCCAACAAUACUCCUGGGGUGUCAUGCGUUGGAGAGGUGGAGCUGAAUAGAGAGGGUUAUGUCAAAAUCCCUUGCACCGUGCAAAACAACGGCCCCAGGCCGACUUGCGCUGAACCCGGUGUCAAUGGUUCUGCCUCUGCAGGCCACACAGAUAACGGGGGCGGGGCUAGGACCGUGGUUCGGGGUCCCGUCUGUGAAGAAGAGGACUCAAUUGAGUCCCCCACCGAUAGUGUUGUUGGCGAGUCUAAGAUGGAAGAGGAGCCUGGGCUGGAUGAAGGUGUGGAGGAUGAGGAGGGUUCCAGCGCUCUCAUCGAGCACAUCCUCAAGGAGUUGCGGGGGAUCAACAAGAUCCAGGAGGAGAUCUCUGACCUGCGGGAGUACCUGACCUCUGUGCGGGGCUCCGUGGAGGAGGUGUCCUGCUGCGUGGAUGCUGUGUUAACAGAAAUUGAGGGCAUCCGUUCUGGGUCUGGGACGGAGCUUGGAGCCAAGGCUGCAGCAGGACCCUUCUUCCCUAGCCAGGGGAACCCUCAUGCACCCCCCAGGCAGAUCAUCAGCAGCUUGCUGUCAGAGUACCAGGCUUGCUUUGAGUGCGGGCAGGCAGCGACCAGCAGCAAGAGUGGCCAGUUCAGGAGAGCUGUGCCCACCUGCCAGUCAUCAUCUAUAGUUCAUCCGCAUGCCCCUGACACUUGCAAACCUGGUGAUCGGGAAACCUCGGAUCAGAGCUCGGACAGGGUGCAUAGCUUGGGAGGCAGAAAGCUCAGCUUGACCUACCUGGAAAGACAGGAUGAGCAGGACUGCCCCAGCAACAGCUCCCUGUCCUCUGGCCACAGCUCCAAGUCUAAUGAGUCCGACCUGCCGGAAAGACAGGGUGGUGGUGCCUGCGUUGGAGAGAGGGACAGCUGGGGGGAUGGGACUGGGAUCCAAUGCAGCAUGAGUGGGGAGGCGAGCUGGAGUGAUGGCGGAUACUCUCGGCAGAAUAGUGUGGAAGACAGCCAGCGCUUCAGCGAGACAUGGGAGCAGUACCAGGCUGCAGAGACCAGCAGCGUCGCUAGCCAUUCCUUGGCAGGGAGCUCCGAGCACCUCUCCCUCACUCUCGGCCGCCACUACAACUCCCCCUCCAGCUCGCUGGAUUGGCGAGCCCACAGGCACCAGCUACAUGAGUCAGAUGUUGCCGUAGCAGGUGCCGAACAGGCGUCAAACUCUGGCCUUGGGUGCGACUGGUCGGCUGAAUGUGCUUACUCCCGAAGCGGCAGCUACUACACAGCGGUAGAGGCCUACGGCGAAGAAGGUGUGAGCCUGAGCCGCAACUCCACAGCCAUUUUCACAGACUGCGAGGAGGACAACUGCCAGAAUGCCUACUCCUCCUAUGAGCCUUGCCCAGCAGGUGAUUCUCUGGAUGCCGCAUCUGUGAGGAGCUUGGAGGGGGAGUGGGUGGGGUCAGGGGCCGGUAUAGGGUGGGGGGAUGUCCCGCGAGGGCUGGGUGCGGGGAGAGGUGGAUUUCAUCCUCCCACCACGGAGCCCGAUGGUGCAGAGCAGCCCCUCAUUGUAGGCUUCACUGUGAAGCGGUUUGGGAGGGCGGUGCUAGACUUCAAGUCUGCCCUCACGGGGGCGCUAAAGAAGCUGGAGGGUGGAGGUACUCAGUACACUGGGGAUGAGGGUGGAGAGGCUGAAUUAAUCUACAGGAGUCCCAGCAAAGCACUGGUUGACCCGGUCCAUGCAGAAAGCCCACAGAAGGCAGAAAAGGAGGUGGUAGAGGUGGAGCAUGAGGGGGAGAGCCACAGCAUCAGCGUCUCCGAUCACCGGCCUGACGAUCCCCCAGAGGAGGUGGCCGCCACCCUCACCCUUGCCCCUAACACCACCACCACCACCACCACCACCACCAUCACCACCAGCACCGAUGGUUCUCUGAAGCCAGACACCCUUCCUGAGGUGACGAUUGCAGAAACCCCGACUGGCACCGAUGGGGAUGAGCCUGCGCCCUCCUGCGGGACACCGUCCGAACCCCGCGGCUCCCCCGCCACCCCUCUCUCUCACUGCACCACCGCAGAGUCCCUCUCAACGGAGGACCCUCUCGCUGCCGCCACCAUUACCACCAACGUCGCUGCCGCGGGAGAGCCCCAGUCUGACCUGGAACGCGCCCCUGAGCCGGGCCUCGGGACGCCAGGGGAGCUGAGCCAGCGGGAGGCAUACCGGCAAAAAUGCCUCAGCAGCUUCCAGCAGAUCCUGAAGGAGAAGCGCCAGACCCGCCGAAACCUGUCCCGGAUGGCCAUGUCCACUUUCUCUGAGGAGGACUUCAACCCAGAGGGGAGCAGAGAUGAUGAUCAGAACCGGGACAAUGAGGGCGACCCCAGCAAACACCCGUGGGUCAAGCAGGGUGGAGGUGGCCUUUUCGGCAUCGACAGCAUGCCUGACCUCCGAAAGAGGAAACCUAUCCCGCUGGUCAGUGAGUUGGCGAUGUCCUUGGUACAGUCCAGGAAAGCUGGGAUCAGCUCGGCCAUGGCCACUCGAACCUCCCUGAAGGACGAAGAGUUGAAGAGCCACGUGUAUAAGAAGACCCUCCAGGCGCUGAUAUACCCCAUCUCCUGCACCACGCCCCACGCCUUCGAGGUGUGGACGGCGACCACGCCCACCUACUGCUACGAGUGCGAGGGGCUGCUGUGGGGCAUCGCCCGGCAGGGCAUGAGAUGCUCAGAAUGCGGGGUCAAGUGCCAUGAGAAGUGCCAGGAGCUGCUCAACGCCGACUGUCUGCAGAGGGCGGCGGAGAAGAGCUCGAAGACGGGAGCGGAGGACCGCACGCAGAACAUCAUCAUGGCCAUGAAGGACCGCAUGAAGAUCCGCGAGAGGAACAAGCCGGAGAUCUUCGAGGUGAUCCGCGACGUCUUCGGCGUCUCCAAGCUCACCCACGCGCAGCAGAUGAAGACCAUCAAGCAGAGCGUGCUGGACGGCACCUCCAAGUGGUCCGCCAAGAUCACCAUCACAGUGCUGUGUGCCCAGGGGCUGCAGGCCAAAGACAAGACGGGUUCCAGUGACCCUUAUGUUACGGUUCAGGUAGGGAAGACCAAGAAGAGGACCAAGACCAUCUACGGUAACCUCAACCCUGUCUGGGAAGAGAAGUUCCACUUCGAGUGCCACAAUUCUUCGGACCGCAUCAAGCUGCGCGUGUGGGACGAGGACGACGACAUCAAGUCCCGGGUGAAGCAGCGGCUGAAGCGGGAGUCCGACGACUUCCUGGGCCAGAGCAUCAUUGAGGUCCGCACGCUCAGCGGGGAGAUGGACGUCUGGUACAACCUCGAGAAAAGGACGGACAAGUCGGCCGUCUCUGGCGCUAUAAGGCUGCAGAUCAGUGUGGAGAUCAAGGGGGAGGAGAAGGUGGCACCCUAUCACGUCCAGUACACCUGUCUGCACGAGAACAUCUUCCACCACUUCACGGACGUGGAGGGUCAGGGUGUGGUCAGGAUCCCGGACGCCCGUGGGGACGACGCCUGGAAGGUGUACUUUGACGAGGUGGCGCAGGAGAUUGUGGAUGAGUUUGCAAUGCGUUAUGGGAUAGAGUCCAUCUACCAGGCCAUGACACACUUUGCGUGCCUCUCCUCCAAGUACAUGCUGUCUGGAAUCCCUGCCGUCAUGAGCACUCUGCUGGCCAACAUCAAUGCCUUCUACGCCCACACCACCGCCUCCACCAACGUGUCCGCCAGCGACCGAUUCGCCGCCUCCAACUUCGGGAGAGAGAGGUUUGUUAAGCUCCUGGAUCAACUGCACAACUCUCUACGUAUAGACCUCUCCACUUAUCGCAACAACUUCCCUGCCAGCAGUAAGCCACGUCUGCAGGACCUGAAGUCCACAGUGGAUCUGCUCACCAGCAUCACCUUCUUUAGAAUGAAGGUCCUGGAACUGCAGAGUCCCCCCAGGGCGGGCCAGGUGGUGAAAGACUGUGUGAAGGCGUGUCUCAACUCCACCUACGAGUACAUCUUCAACAACUGUCAGGAGCUGUACAGCCGGGAGUACCAGCCCCAGGCAGACCCCAACAAGCAGGAGGAGGAGGCUCCUGAGGAGCAGGGUCCCAGCAUUAAGAACCUGGACUUCUGGCCCAAACUCAUCACCCUCAUUGUGUCCAUCAUCGAAGAAGACAAGAACUCCUACACUCCCGUCCUCAACCAGUUCCCCCAGGAGCUGAACGUGGGAAAGGUCAGCGCUGAGGUCAUGUGGACCCUGUUCGCCCAGGACAUGAAGUACGCCAUGGAGGAGCAUGAGAAGCACAAGCUAUGCAAGAGCGCGGAUUACAUGAACCUGCACUUCAAGGUGAAGUGGCUCCACAACGAGUACGUCAAGGACCUCGCCACCUUCAAGGAUGUCGUCCCGGACUACCCGUCAUGGUUCCUGCAGUUUGUCCUACAGUGGCUGGCUGAGAAUGAGGAUGUUUCCCUGGAGUUUAUGCAGGGGGCCUUGGAAAGAGAUAAGAGGGAGGGGUUCCAGCCGACGUCUGAGCACGCUCUGUUCUCCUGCUCCGUGGUGGACAUCUUCACCCAGCUCAACCAGAGCUUUGAGAUCAUCAAGAAACUGGAGUGCCCAGACCCAACAGUUGUGGCCCACUACAACCGCCGAUUUGCUACGACCAUAACCAAAGUGCUUCUGCAGUACUGUGCCAUCCUCACCAAGAGUUUCCCCUGCUACUGCGAGAAGGAAAAGAUCCCAUGUGUCCUCAUGAACAAUGUCCAACAGCUCAGGGUCCUGCUGGAGAAGAUGUUUGAGUCCAUGGGUGCCAAACAGCUUGACCCAGAGGCUGCAGAGCUGCUUAAUGACCUGCAGGUGAAGCUGAACACCGUUCUGGACAACCUGAGUGCCAUGUUUGGGAAUAGCUUCCAGAGCCGGAUCGACGGCUGUUUGCGGCAGAUGGCUGAGCUGUUGUAUCAGGUGAAGGGACCUGUCAAUGCUAACGCUCGCAAUACUGUGGAAUCUGACUCUGACAACAUCCUCCGCCCCCUCAUGGAAUUCCUGGAUGGAAAUCUCAUACUGUUUGCAUCGGUGUGUGAGAAGACUGUCCUGAAGCGAGUUCUGAAGGACCUGUGGAGGAUCGUGAUGAACAGCAUGGAGAAGAUCAUUGUACUUCCGCAGAGCAACGACAGCUUCGGGGUACAAAUCCUCACGGCUGCUAAGGAACUUGGACAGCUAUCCAAACUCAAGGGAGCAGGCGAGACUAAAAGCCUGAGCCCGAAACAGUGUGCCAUCAUGGAGGUGUCCUUGGAGACCAUCAAGCAAUACUUCCAUGCCGGGGGGAAUGGGCUGAAGAAGGCGUACCUGGAUAAGAGCUCGGAGCUGUCCUCGCUCCGCUACGCGCUCUCCCUCUACACGCAGACCACCGACGCGCUCAUACGCACCUUCGUCACCAGUCAGCACACUCAGGGGUCAGGAGUGGACCGGCCCGUGGGCGAGAUCUCCAUACAAGUGGAACUUUCCACAAACCCUGGAAAUGGAGAGCAGAAGGUCACCGUGAAAGUUGUGGCGGUGAAUGACCUGAAGUGGCAGACCUCCGGAAUGUUCCGGCCCUUCGUGGAGGUCACCAUGAUCGGACCCCACCUCAGUGACAAGAAGCGAAAGUUCUCCACCAAGUCCAAGAACAACAGCUGGUCACCCAAGUACAAUGAGACAUUCCACUUUGUCCUGGGUAACGAGGCGCCCCUGGACUGCUACGAGCUGCAGGUGUGCGUGAAGGACUACUGUUUCGGGCGGGCCGACCGGAUGGUGGGAGUGGCCGUGCUGCAGCUGCGGGACGUGGAGAAGGGCAGCUGCGCCUGCUGGUGCCCCCUGGGCCACCGGGUCCACAUGGACGAGACGGGCAUGACCGUGCUCCGCAUCCUGUCCCAGCGCUCGGCCGACGAGGUCGCCAAGGAGUUCGUCAAGCUCAAGUCCGAGACCCGCUCCGCCGAAGAGGGGAGAUGAGAGGAGAGCGGUACUGGGAGCACGAGGAGGGCGGGGCCUCCUGACUUGGCUGUCCAACGAGAAGGGCUUGUGCAUGAAUGUGACUAAUUAGGGGGUGGGUAUUGCCUGACUUUCAGUUCCCACCUUCUCUGCUUGUUCUGGAUGAGGAAGAGAGAGAGGGAGGGAGGGAGGGAGGGAUAGAGAAGGAGAGCUGUGGGUGAAAGAAGGGUUUCAUGCCUGCAGUAUCAUGCACACACUCUUCUUCUGCUUCUUACACCUCCCACGCACUCCGGUCUGAAGACGUGACAUGACCGCUGACCACUUCUCUCUCUCUCCCUCACACGUGCACUCACACGCACACACACACACACGCACAUACAGUUUCUGCACACAUGCACACAUUCUCACUGACAUUCUAUCUGUUUGUCAGUCUGUGGAUCUGACAGGGCCUCCACCGUCCAGUCAGACAGUCAGCCUCUGGCUUUCUGUCCAUGACCACCACUGCUUCUCUCGAUAACGGCCACCAUGUGGGGUUGGUUUGGUUUGGACUCGCUUACAAUUCCCCAAGACUAAUCACAGCAUCUACUGCCUUACAGUUUUCUAGUUCUGAAUGUGUGGGGUUCGACAGUUGCAUUGCUGAUAUUGACCAUCGAUGACAUCCUCAUUCAGAGACGUCGGCCAUCCUUCUGUGUUAGGUUGGGUAAAUACAGUAAAUACAUCCAAAUACCUGUCUACUUGUGCACUCCAGAAUAUUUAUUUAUUCCGUGCACUGUGGGCUCAGUAUUGACUGAGACACCUGGCACGUAUUGUAAUGGGUUUUUUUAACUGUGAUUUUAGAGACCAACAACUUCUAUGGAUGUGAAUGUAGUAUGAAACAUAGUCACCAUUAUCAGUCCAUAGCCUUACCACUUUCAGGAAAAAGAACUGUUUCUUAUUUGAGAUGGACAGGGGAAUGUUCUCUCCCCUCGUACCUGCAAGAUCUGUGAAUAGAAUGUUUUUACUUAUUAUUUACUUAAUAUGCAUUUUUAUGCGUUUUACUCGAUCAACAGAAUUUCAUUCCUGCUCUUAAAAUAGUGAGGUCUCAUGAAAUCUUUGAAUCUAACCCUGGUACGCUGAGGGGCUCUUUUGAGUUUGGGGUUUCUCUCUGGGACUGUGGGAGGAGCUGUCUGUAGGACUGGUGAAUAACACAAUUGGAGGGUGUGGGGGUGGAAUUGCGAAAUCAAUGUCAGGAAAGAGACAGAUGCAGCGCUGAGGUAAAUCCACACGUGGUUUAUAAGCUAGUUAAUUUCACAGCUUCCACAGUCCUGUUUUCUGCUAGGCUUUACUGUAGAGUCUGAGGAAUCCUGGGAAAUUCUGCUCCCAUCAAAUGGAUCCUGGCUUUCGUUUCUCUCAUUGCAGUACCACAGCAUUAAGAAAACCUGGUGGAACACUUUUCAUUUCCUAGAUAAUAAAGGCUUUUUCACUAUUUUUUUUGUCUCUGCACACAAACUGUUGCACUGAUAUUGCCGUCUCAUCGUACCAGACAGAGCAUCGGCAUAUGGUACGGUUGUUGAUGUGGGCUGUGCUGAAUAUUUGUGAAAGUCCUUCUUGAGACACGGCUCAUCCACGCAAAAAAAGCAGAAUCAAUCGAGAAAAGAAAAAGACCAAAAUGUUUAAAAUGGCUUCAUUCCAGAGCUUGAGAACAUGAAACAUUCCUGUAGCCAUUUGAAAGAGCAGGCUUAGGGGUAACCUACAGACUUUUCAGGUCAAACUGGCCCCAAUUCAAUGUUAGCACAGAUGUGGAGUACUCUCUGCACGUUCAACUGUAGGAAAAAAAAAAGCGGCAGUAAGGGAAUCCGCCUGGUGUACAGAAAUCAUUUUACACUGAAGAGUGACAGUUUGUCUUCUAGGUUCACAGCACAGGCCUCUUUCAAGAUGUCUGCUGGAAGGCAGACUGUGACUGGACAAUAAAAGGGGUGGGGCCCCAUAAGCCCCUCCCUUGCCAUUCAGGAAGAGAAAAAAAAAAUCCAUAUUUUGUGUGCAUACCUCGUGCCAAGCAGUGCAAAUGGUCAUUCUUGAAAAUUUUUACAAUGUGAACUCUUGCACAAAUAUUUUUCUUUAUUAUAAAUAUGUGAAAAAAAUAGCAUGUAAUGUACUGUAUACAAUGAAAGUGACAGACCAUGGGUUGUGAAUUUAUUUAUGUACUGUCACUUGGGAGCGAGUAAUGAGCACUGAUCAGUGAAAGAAUUGUACUCUGUAAAAUGUCAAAAUACUUGUACCAAUUCAUGAGUUUUGUAUAUAAAGUAUUUAAGAACC